AUGCGAAGAAAUUAUCCGACCCCGAAUUCUAAACCCUUCCGAUUGCCUUCCCAACGGCCCUUCAAUGGCCGGGGAUCACCCGCUCAUGAUGGGGAUCAUCAAUUGGAUGAUUUUGACCUGGCACUACUCGCCUCAGAAGAUAGAGAGGAGACAAUUCAAGACUCAGGCUCCGGAGCUCCUAGAUCUACGCCGCUUCAAGCGUCUCGUCAGCCUGACCUACACCCACCGCAAUUCUCUCGUUUCUUUCAGCCAAGCUCGAGUAUCUCUUCUCGCUGGAAUGGAUCCGGUUCAUCGGAUCCUGUAUUGGGGCCACCCUCGAGCCCGUUGGCUUUGUUCCGUCCAAAGAAGGAUGGGGUCCGUAUAGGACAGCGCAGCCUCGAGACGAAUCGUGGCCCACACGGUGAUGAGACUAGUCACUCUUCACCCCAGGAGCCGAUCACCCAAGAGAGCCCCGAGGGUUUGACUGGCAACAGACAACAUAACAAUUCAUUCAGCAAUAUACCACCCUCUGUGCGGGGAAUCGUCCUCGUAUCAGUGAAUGACCUACCGGAGAACUACCGCUCGAUGUUUCCAUUCCCUCUUUUCAAUGCCAUUCAAUCUAAAUCCUUUCACUCCGUAUACAAUAGCAAUGACAACAUCGUCCUGUCCGCACCAACCGGAAGUGGCAAGACAGUGGUGAUGGAACUAGCCAUCUGUAGACUCCUGAACACCCUCAAGGACGAACGCUUCAAAGUCGUCUACCAGGCACCCACAAAGUCCCUCUGCAGCGAACGUUUCCGAGAUUGGCACUCCAAGUUCUCCAGCUUGAAUCUCAAGUGCGCAGAACUAACCGGAGACACGGACCACAUGCAGCUGCGCAAUGUCCAGAGUAGCCAGAUCAUCAUCACGACGCCCGAGAAGUGGGAUAGCAUGACUCGGAAAUGGAAAGAUCAUAUGAAUUUGAUGCAGCUCGUGAAACUCUUUCUCAUUGACGAGGUGCACAUUCUGAAGGAAACGCGUGGAGCUACGCUUGAGGCUGUGGUUUCUCGGAUGAAGAAUAUCGGAUCGAAUGUGCGAUUUGUGGCGCUGAGUGCUACUGUUCCCAACUCUGAGGAUAUUGCUACUUGGCUUGGGAAGGAUGCGACAAACCAGCAUGUUCCUGCGCACCGGGAGCAUUUCGGCGAGGAGUUUCGUCCUGUCGCCUUGAAGAAGCUUGUCUACGGGUACGCGUCUAGCUUGAAUGACUUUGCAUUCGAUAAAGUCUGCGGUUCAAAGUUACCUGAGGUGAUCGCAUUGCAUUCAAACAAGAAGCCCAUCUUAAUAUUCUGUUGCACGCGAAACUCCUCGCUCGCGACGGCGAAAGAGUUGGCCCGGCUUUUUACCUUGACAAAUCCACCCGCCAGGCUUUGGAAGGAUCCCAAAAAGCUCCUGGAAGCUCACAACGAAGAUCUCAAGACAACACUUCCUGCUGGUGUAGCAUUCCACCAUGCUGGCUUAGGUCCUGCUGAUCGCCACACUGUUGAGACAGGAUUCAGAGAAGGGAACAUCAACGUCAUAUGCUGCACGUCUACACUUGCAGUUGGAAUUAACCUGCCUUGCCACCUCGUCAUUAUCAAAAACACUGUCAGUUGGCAAGAUGGAGGCUGCAAGGAGUACUCAGAUUUGGAGAUGAUGCAGAUGCUCGGCCGCGCGGGCCGACCUCAAUUCGACGACAGUGCGACAGCAGUCAUCCUCACCAGGAAGGAACGUGUGUCUCACUACGAGAGACUGGUUCAGGGCUCUGAGAGUUUGGAGAGCUGUUUGCAUUUGAAUCUCAUCGAUCAUCUCAAUGCCGAGAUCGGCCUGGGGAAUAUCUCGAACGUGGAAACGGCUGUCAAGUGGCUCGCAGGCACAUUUUUGUUUGUAAGACUGCGUCGGAAUCCGACGCAUUACAAGCUCAAGGAAGGGGCGAAUCAAGAAGACGAGGAGGAGUUGCUUCGCAACAUCUGCGAGAAGGACAUUGUUCUCCUUCGGGAAUCUGGUUUGGUCGAAGCUGAGAGCCUUGGUUCAACCCAGUUUGGCGACGCUAUGGCUCGGUAUUACAUCCAGUUCGAGACUAUGAAAGUUCUACUGUCGCUGAAGCCACAAGCAAACUUGUCUGAAAUUCUUAAUGUGAUCGCACAAGGUGCAGAAUUCCGCGAGAUACGCCUCAAAGCCGGCGAGAAAUCACUCUACCGAGAGAUUAACCGUGAUUCAGGAAUUCGUUUUCCGAUAAAGGUCGACCUAGCCCUCCCAGCCCACAAGAUCUCACUACUCCUUCAAUCCGAGCUGGGAGCAAUUGAUUAUCCCGAUACUGAGCAAUUGCAGAAACACAAAUUCACCUUCCAGCAAGACAAAAGUCUAGUCUUCGCGCAUGUCAACCGACUAAUCCGCUGCCUUAUUGAUUGUGAAAUUGCCCGCGGCGACUCAAUCGCAAUCCGCAAUGCCCUUGAACUCGCCCGGAGCUUCGGAGCAAAGGUCUGGGACCACUCGCCUCUCCAAAUGAAACAGAUCGAGCAAGUGGGUGUUGUUGCAGUUCGCAAGUUGGCAGCUGCUGGGAUUACCAGCAUUGAAGCGCUGGAAUGUGCUGAGGCUCAUCAGAUUGAGAUGGUUCUUAGCAAGAAUCCGCCUUUCGGUUUGAAGUUGCUCUCGAGAUUGAAAGAAUUUCCAAAACUGAGGGUUUCUGUGAAGAUGCUUGGAAAGGAAGUGAAAGUAACUUGUGUCAAUGUCCGAUUCAAGGCUGAAGUUGCGUUCAUGAAUGACAAGAUCCCGACGUUCUUCCAACGUCGCCCGGUUUACGUUUGUUCCUUGAUAGAGACGUCUGAUGGCCAUAUGAUCGAUUUCAGACGCACAAGUGCGAGCAAGCUCCAAGAGAAAUUGGAAAUUGAACUCACCGCGGAGUUGACGAGUGCGGAGCAUGUCAUUGUGUGCCAUGUUAUGUGUGAUGAAAUUGCGGGAACAUCGAGACAAGCUGAGCUUAGGCCUAACCUGCCAGCUCAUCUAUUCGUCGCUAUGCGAGAUAAGAAUACCAAUGCCCAGAAUACUGAAACCUCGAACCUACCAUCUCGUCAUCCGAAGGGGAAUGUUAAUCCCAAAGACGCGAAAAACCCCAAGACCAAUACGUCUCGUCCCCACGAACGAGAUAUGACUAGCAACAAGAUCAAGGCUCGAUGGGAUGUGGACUAUUUUGAUGGCGAUGACUUGCAACUCGAUGAUUUCCUCGUUGCAAAUGAACAUCGUGACAAAGCGAAGGAAGAUACAAAGCCAAAACCUCGAGAGUUUGAUGAUAUAGAUUGGUUCUCAAUUGAUUCAACUCCACCAAGUCCAGCUAAGGCAGCGCCGAAGGUCUCAAACACCCGAGAAGAUGACUGGGCGGCGGAUAUGGACGAGCCUGUGGAUGAAUACGAGCCAGUUAGACUUGCGAAUGGCAAAUGGGCUUGUAACCACAAAUGUAAAGACAAAACAAGCUGCAAACAUUUCUGCUGCCGUGAGGGGUUGGAAAAGGCCCCGAAGCCACCGAAGCGGACCAUCCCUGCGACUCAACAGGAAGCUGGUCUCAACCAACUGACUAUCUCCGCAAGCAUCACAAAGGCAACCCCGACCAAUAACUCGAAUUCGGGAAAACAAGCGGCUCAACAACGUGUCCCGGUGCCUAAGAAUGACGACCAUGUUUCAAAGGCAAAGAAGAUGACGAUGUCGCAAGCUAAAAAGAAGACUCCAAGUCGAGAGAAGUCUGUCCUUUCGGAGAGGGACAAGAACAUUCCUUCAUACAAGAGAAAGCGGGUAGACAGCCCGGCGAACUCCUUCUCCAGUGACUAUGGCGACCAAGCCUUCGAUGACUUACCAUCACCAUCGCGUCUUCUCGGAAACAGGGGAUCAGGGUUCGCAACGUCGGGUUCUCUAUUGGUGCAAAACCAGACGAAGAGAAACCUCACAGAUGUUCUGGUUACUGAAACGAAGCAUAGUGACCCCGAACCUUCUCCCUUUGCUCCACGUUCCGGUCAUCCUCAAAGUGACCAAAUCAAGCCAUCAACUCCCAACCCGCAACACGAGAUAAUCGAGAUUCCGGACGACACACCACCAGACUCAACGGGACUACCCAAGACAACAAACAAAGAGUUUUCUGUCAAGCAGAGCACACUUCCACUAUCAACAAGAGUAGACUCACCUCCCAACUUGAAACGGAAAGCGAGACAAGACACAACUCAAAUAGAAGAACACACAAAGCGGGUGAAGCAAAGCCCCUUUGUUUCUGCUUUGCAGGUUCAUGGUUCAAACAUUUCGAACGAUGAAAAACCACUGAACCCUGAGCAGUCUGCGUCUCCUGUCUCUCCUGUGUCUCCAGUUGCUACUGUUUCUCCCGUUAUCGGCGGUCGGAUGGAUUUGACUGCAGCAUGGCAUGAUAAUGGUAUUGAUCUGCUUGAUGAGUUCAAAGAUAUUAUUAAAUUUAUUUGA